AUGGCAUCUGAAACUCCCAAGGAUCUCCCCGUGCGGCCUGCUGCUGAAGCGCAGGCCAAAACCGCCUCUGAAGCCGCCGCUGCCCCUCCAAAAGAUGCAAAUGCGAAAUCUAAGCAGGCCCCGAGCCCCGAUACCCUCCCCGAGGUCAUGAUUGAGCGAAACGAGCUCUUCGAGGAGCUCUGGCAACAAUACCUCGAGGAGACCAAGACCCGUCCCCACCCAGAGAUCAAUGCCUUCGAGACAACUCCUGGAUCUUUCCUGCGCGAUGUGCCCAAGGAUCUGAGCGCCAAUAUUGUUAUUGCCAAGGUUGAUGGAGAAUUGUGGGAUUUGAACCGUCCUCUCGAGAAGGACUGCAGUGUGCUUCUCGUGCCUUUCAGCAACCCUGAGGCCCGUGAGGUAUUCUGGCACUCUAGUGCCCAUACCCUGGGCGAGGCUUGCGAGUGCGAGUACCACUGUCUUCUCUCACAUGGACCUCCAACCCCACAAGGUUUCUUCUACGAUAUGGCCAUGCCCGACGGACGCGUUGUCAAGGAGGCUGAUUGGAAGGCACUUGACACUAGAGCGUCGCGUAUCUUCAAGGAGAAGCAAAGCUUUGACCGAUUGGAGGUUUCCAAGGAGAACCUCAAGAAAAUGUUUGCAUACAGCAAAUACAAGCUGCACUAUAUUGACAAGCUUGUCACUGGAGAGAGCAGCACUGUCUAUCGUUGCGGUACUCUCGUCGAUCUCUGCCGAGGCCCUCACAUUCAGAACACCGGCAAGAUCAAGACCUUCAAGAUCAUGCAGAACUCAUCGGCCUACUUCCUUGGUGAUCAGUCCAACGAUUCUCUGCAGCGUAUUCGUGGUGUUGCCUUCCCCGACAAGAAGCAGAUGGCUGAACACUUAAAGUUUUUGGAGGAAGCCGAGAAGCGGAACCACCUGAGAAUCGGCAAGGAGCAAGAGCUGUUCUUCUUCGAUGAGUUGUCCCCCGGCUGCCCAUUCCUCCUCCCCAACGGAACCAAGAUUUUCAAUCAGAUACAGUCUCUUCUGCGUAGUGAAUACCGCAAGCGAGGCUAUCAGGAGGUCCAGACCCCCAACAUGUAUGACGUUAACCUCUGGAAAACCUCCGGACACUGGGCCCAUUACAAGGAUGAUAUGUUCAAGUUGGAUUUCGAGAAGCGCGAGUGGGCUCUUAAGCCCAUGAACUGCCCUGGGCACUUCAUUCUGUUCGGCCACCGUGAACGUAGUUACCGCGAGCUUCCUAUGCGUAUUGCAGACUUCGGUGUCUUGCACCGAAAUGAGGCUUCGGGUGCCCUGAGUGGUCUAACUCGCGUCAGAAAGUUCCAACAAGACGAUUGUCACAUUGUAGUUUCCCGGGAUCAAAUUAUGUCCGAGGUCGAGGGUCUCUUCGAUUUCUUGCAGUCUAUCUAUGGGCUGUUUGGCUUCACUUUCAAGUUGAAGCUGUCCACUCGCCCCGAGAAAUAUAUGGGUACGUUGGAGACCUGGAACGAAGCGGAGGAUCAACUCAAGAAGGCCUUGACCAAGUUUAAGGGUGAUGAUUGGACCAUUGACGAGGGUGACGGUGCAUUCUAUGGACCCAAGAUCGAUAUCACCAUUGCGGAUGCUCUCAAGCGUGAAUUCCAAUGCGCGACUAUCCAGCUGGACUACCAGGCUCCGCUGAACUUCAAGAUGGAGUAUCAGACCAACGAAAAGCAGGACAAGAACACCGAGAACGCGAAGGAGGGCGAGACCAACUCCGACGGGCUGCCUCCCGGCCGUGCCCGCCCUGUUGUCAUUCACCGUGCCAUUAUUGGUAGCUUCGAGCGAUUCCUGGGUAUCUUGAUCGAGCACUUUGGUGGCAAGUGGCCGUUCUGGAUCAGCCCGCGCCAGGUCCUCAUUGUGCCGGUGAUGCCGGCUCUGAACGACUACGCCGAGGAGGUGCAGCGUAUCCUGCAGGGUGAUAAGUUGAACGCAGACGUAGACAUCAGUGGCAACACCCUGCAGAAGAAGAUCCGUACUGGACAAUUGGCCCAGUACAACUUCAUCUUUGUUGUGGGUGCCCAGGAGAAGGAGGCACGCACUGUCAACAUUCGCAACCGUGACGAUCCUGCAACCCAAAACAAGGGCGUUAUGGUCCCUCUGGAGGAGGCACGGGUCAAGCUUCGGGCAUUGCGCAAGGAGCGUCGGUUGGAGAAUGCUCUGUAG